AUAGUCCGUAGCAUUCUGGGAUUUGUUGUUCCGCCUCGCUGCAGUGUCCGAUGUUACGUCUCUCUAGAAAACUACAAUUCCCAGGGUGCCCCAGUGCCAGCACCCUCACGUGGUACCGCACAGCCAAUCAGCGUGGCUCCAGCCCGAGAGUGAGGCUGGGAGGCGGAGCUUCUCGCACAGGUAUUACUGAGGCCCCUCCCUCCCACAAGGAGCCAAUGGGAAUGUGGGAGGAAGCGAGUGACCCAGUGAUGGGGAAGAAGGAUAAAAAUGAGGAGCGGAAGGAGAGAAUCCUGAAUCUCACACUGGAGAUUAUCUAUCUGCUGACUGGAGAGGGCUACGUCAUCCCUAAGAAGAAGAGCCCAACUGUGGGUUUGGGGGCCCUGCAUGCCCCUGGCUCCGUCAUACAGAAGGAAAAUGACAAGAAGAUCCUGGAACUCAUCUCCAACAUCAUCCAGCUGCUGACUGGAGAGGAGUGGGAGUAUAUAAAAGGAAACAAGGCCCUUUACAGGGAAGGGAUAAAGGAGGAGGAGGAGCCCCAGCAGCUCCGCCCACUGGGCUGUGAAAAUGAAGAGAAGAGCAAUACAGAGGCCAAUAUGGAUCCAGCUUUUCCUUGUGCAGAGGAACCAAGCAAGACUUUGGCCGAAGAAACUGUUAUUCCUGCAGCUAUGAAUCCCCAACUUAUUGACACUUUUCUGGCGGAAACAACUGGACCACAGUGUGGCAUUAAGAAGGAACUAUCUUCAUGGGAAGAGGGAAACCAAUCAGAUUGCAGCAUUAAUCCCCUUACAGAACAGAUACAGGGAACAGACACACCUACUCCUAUCAUGGAACACACUUUGAACAACAGCUCAGACAUUUUUUACAAUAGGUUUGAUACAAACAUUCAUAUAAAUGCCCUACACGCGGCCCACCUUGCCAAACAUCCCCCCCAGGGGAUCUAUAACUGCCCGACCUGCCAUAAACCUUUCACUAAAAGCUAUGAUUUUAUCAGGCACCUGAGAACUCACACAGGGGUAAAACCCUUUUCGUGCUCGGAAUGUGGGAAAUCUUUUACUCGCCGCUCAAACCUGAAUGUACAUCGUAGAACUCACUCUGGGAAUAUCCCACAGGGCCAACAGCAAACAGCUUUGUGUGACGGGGGAAACCAAUCAGAUUGCAGCAUUAAUCCCCUUACAGAGCAGAUACAGGGAACAGACACACCUACUCCUAUCAUGGGGUGCAGCCUGAAUAACAGCCCGGCAGCCAAUUAUAUAUCAGAUGCUUCACUGGAAGUAGAGCAGAGAAACCAAUCAGAUGGCGGCAUUAAUAUACUUCCAGAGCAGAUUCGGGAAACUGAUGCAUCUCCUCAAAUGCGAGGCAGUGAGAAUGAUUUGGCAGCCAAUUAUAUAUCAGUUUCUAUUAAAGAGGAAUCAGCUUUAUGUGAAGAGGGAAACCAAUCAGAUUGCAGCAUUAAUCCCCUUACAGAACAGAUACAGGGAACUGAUAAACCUUCAAUGAUGGAACACCGCCCGGCUGGGGGCUUGCCAGGAAUUAAGCCCAGUAACUACAGUAUAACCCAUCCCCCACGUACGUCCCAGCUGGCAGAACCUACCAUCCCGGUGCUUUAUACCUGUGUCGAAUGCCAUAAACAUUUUACUAAGAACGAUGAUCUGAUCAGGCAUCAGAGGACUCAUUCUGGGGAGAAACCGUUCUCGUGUUCCGAAUGUGGCAAAUGUUUCACCCGUCGCUCAAACCUCAACGCGCAUUUUCGAAUUCACACCGGGGAGAAACCAUUCACUUGCUCCGAGUGCGGCAAAUGCUUCACUCGCAGCUCCCUGCUCAUCAUACACAAGAGGACGCACACCGGGGAGAAACCAUUCACGUGCGGCGACUGCGGGAAAUGUUUCACCAAUCACUCAGACCUUAAAAUCCACCACCGGAUUCACACCGGGGAGAAACCGUUCACUUGUAACGAAUGUGGCAAAUGCUUCACGCAGCGCGCGCACCUACGGGUGCAUCGCAAAAUCCAGAAAAUCUGCAAACGUUCCUACUUUGAUGUCAGGACUCUCAUGUCUGAUCCGAACUGCACCUUCACGAUAAACGUGUAGCCAGGUUUGUGACUUACGUGGGCUUCGCUUACCCAUAAUGCAACGUGGGGCCAUGGAAUUAGGGAAAGUCCUCAGUCCCUAUUAAAGUGUUUUCCUGCUAAGAGCAAAGUGGAAAAAUACACCCUAAAGGUGCUAGUAAUGGGGCAAUAGAGAGCAAUGGCGUACUGAGAAAUGGGCCGGACUUGUAUUGUGAGGUUCCAGGAGCGAGAAAUCUGAUCUGAGUGAAUUGGAGAGUUGGACGAGGAUCUUACAUACAAUGUGAAUUUGAUUUGGAGGCUUUUGCCUUUAGGGGAUAAAGAGGAUUUUCUUGCCUAUAUGAUAAAAUCACAUGACGUGUUACUGUACGGUUUCUGAUCCCCGCAGGGCAAGUCUCUGCUACACAUUUAGAAUGAGGGAUGAGUGCUGGAACCUGGGCAGGUCUGGAUCAUACCAUUUAUGCCACCCAAGGUCGUUAUGUUGUGACUCCACCCUCCCCCAUGUUGAUCUACUGAAUUCUCCAAAAAAUAUACCGUAUAUACUCGAGUAUAAGCCGAGGUACCUAAUUUUACCUUAGAAAACUGGAAAAACUUCUUGACUCAAGUAUAAGCCUAGGCAUCCAUUUCUUUUAACACACCUGCACACUAGCUUGUGUCCGUGUAGUAAGGGCAGCGCCGGAUUACUUGUCCAACCGGCCAACCAUCUAAAUGUUAUCAUUUCAAUUUUGCAAAACCUGAUGGGGCUGAACCCUUAUUAAUCAGUUAAAAGAAACUGCUGGAUUACUUAUACUUUACUUGUUUUACAACCACCUUAUUGUUUUACAAACACUUUAGCACCAUAGCAAAGGUUCUGAUUCCUCUGUAGGAAUUCUGUGUUACUGAAAGCCGUGUAUUGGGUUCCCCAAGAGAUAUUUUAUGGCCUCUAGACUCGAGCUUCAUAGUUGGAUCAUUCUAUUUGGUACUGAGCUACUAUAUGGAAAGUGCUGAUUUAAAGCCACGCCCCUGCCUGAAUAAAAAACAUAGCUGGUACUCGGUACUACUUGUAUGGUUGGCCUCCGGACUUAUCCGGGCGCUCCCCUCAUAGUUCGCUUCAGAAGGUAAUGGAUUACGUGGGCCUUGGCAAGAGCUGUACGGCUUGUUUUCGGUUGUGGUCUCUCUGCUAGUUUCUGGGCCUGUUGGAAGUAGCUAUAUCGGGCAAAUGUCACGCGCGCACGGGGGGGGUAACGCACCGCACUGCGACGCAUGCACGGCGCACGCCCGAUGGCGAGGUAAUACAGCUGGAGAGGUAAUACGGCGCUGCCUUUGAUACUUGCCUCGAGUAUAAGCCGAGGGUUCCUUUUUAAGCACAUUUUGUAUGCUGGAAAACUCGGCUUAUACUCGAGUAUAUACGGUAAGCAGAAAUUCAAGCCCAAACUACAACAUUCAUUAGUUGUUAUGAGACAAGGAGGUUUGCUUGCCGUCAUGGCUUCAUCCAUGAUCGGAACCUUCUCACCUGAACCCUCUAUGCUGAGAGCAGACCGGCCCGGGGCUAUUCCUAUAGCAACUGCAGCAUUUACACACGGAGAGACACAGGCCUUAUCCCUCAGCUUUUGUUCUUCUGUGCCCAUUGGAUUAGUAGAGGGACAAACAGACAAAUACACUGAGCUGAAGUGUAGAUUUUAUCAUUUGUUACUAAGGAAGCAGGUGAUUUUGAGCCGGACCAGGUCGCUCCCCAGGAAUCUGAUUGAUACUCGAGUGACUGAUUAGCCGAGUGUGAGGAUCUCAGCUUUUGUCUUAUGAGAUGUGUAAGGGAAUUCCACUGGUGUGUAAGUUACGGUAAUUAAAAUAUUUUGGGUCUUUCUAAA